AUGUCUCUUCGCAGCAUUCGUCCUGCGGCUGGUGCGUCUGGGAGUAAUCCAGGUCAAUCCGCAUCCGGCAGUACGGGGACCCUAAAAAACCGCGACAAGAGAGACGAAGGCAGCUCUUCCAACUCGAAACGACGACGAGUUCCCGAAUCUUGUGACGGUCAGAAGCCUUGCAAAAGAUGUGCAACACGAGUAGAGACAGCGGAAUGUAUCUACGAGGUGCAUAUCAAGCAUGCAAAAGAGGAGCUGGUGAAGCAGAUUAAAGAAUUCAAGGCAAAAGACCAAUUGACUGACAGGAUCCUGACGGCAUUGAGCGAAGAGAACGAGAAGGUUCCCGAGAUCAUCGAGCGACUGCAGAAUAGGGAGCAGUAUGAGAGUAUCGUCGAAUGGCUUGGUCAUCCCCAUAUUGAAGACAUUGAUUCCACAUCACCUCGAAUAUCGCACAACUCUACGUUCGAAAUGUCAGACCACGAAAUGGGAGGAGGGCCUUUGUCCACCAGAUGGACGUCUGUGAAAUGCGAUGGUUCAGUGUUCGACCACCUCUUCUCGUUGUACUUCGCUUGGGUGCAUCCAGUUCACACCUUGUUUGAUGAGGGCCGCUUCGUCGAUAAUUACAAUAACCAGUCAACGGACUACUGCUCCGAAAGCCUCGCAAGUGCAAUGUGUGCUUUGGCCUGCCACUUACACACCGCAACCGGCGCGGCUGGUAUAGACGAGCCAGAUUUUGAUCAGCUAGGAGAAGAAUUCAGUGAUGCUGCCAUCGCCAAUCUUGAUCCACAGGACCACACAAUCACCAAUAUACAAGCAUUCGCGGUCAUGUUCCUCGUGGACUGCGCACGCGGCAAAGGACUGCGAGCCGCUUCAUACCUAAGAGAGGCUACCAGUGCCUUGUCGGCGUUGAAACUCGAACGAUUCGAAGCAUUGGAGGGAUUUAAUGAGGUUUGGAAGAAUACACUUGGUGGCAUCCGGAAUUUAAACGUUGAAUGGGCGCAGGUGACCUGCCAAAUCCCCGUCCAUGUUAACAGUAACGGCUUUGAUCAAGUCGAAGAAUACGAUGCAGCAAUCGACAAGAGGGCCUGGUUCCUGUACCGUCAUGCGCAUGAAGAAGAAGUAGAAAAAUUUCCCAGUCUCCUUGGGACGACCAAUCGAGAAAAAUCCAACCUAAUCGACCUCAUAGGAGAGGCGACGGCGAUGCUGUACACUCUCAACACGGCAUGUCUGAAGGCAAAUCACAUCUUAGGGCUUUACAGCAGGUUUGUAAAGUGGCGGAACGAAUUGCCUGAGGUCCUCAAAGACCUGGGAAGUAGGAAACGGCCUGCGCUUCCACAUAUUCUCUCGCUUUGGAUCCUAUAUGCCAGCUCUGUGACCCACCUGCUACGACCCUUAUUGGAGCUGCCUGGCUUCAGUAAUUCCUCCGUUCGAGCCGUGCUCUGGCAUCAUGCCCAACGCGGACUGCAUGUGCUAGAUGAGAAGUACAAAACAGCAUACACUUGUAGAUACCAGCCGGUUCUUCAAAUGUUUUCGGUCCUGCAUCUCACUGGCGUUAUCGCUCAACAUUUUCCGGGCGGAGUUUCUGGGGUCGGAACCGAAGGAAGUGGUACAGAUGGACCGGAGGCUAUACAUCUUGGAAUAGAAGCCCUCGGGCAAUCGCGAAAUGGAUUUCCAGUGGCCGGGCCAUUCCAAGAAAUGCUACGGCGCACAGCAGCCCAGGAAAACCUUCUAAUCAUGCCGCCAUCCCCAGCACUGAAGAGGAUAUAUCGCAUCGAUGAUUUUCUCGACGCCUGCACCAGGCCCACGUACCUCCAGCCCUUCGCGGAGAUCCACACUAGAUUUCAUCCUUCGUUGAAAAGCCAAUGGGUGGCGGAGGCGGCUACUUUUCGUUUUAUCGAUUCGAUUUUGAGCGCGACAAAUAGGGUCCCAUCUGCUGAAGAGAGAGGCGCGCAAAGCCUUUUGGACAUGAGUGGUAUGAGCAUACGUAAUUUGCUUAACUCUAAUUAA